AACCCAGAGGAAGACGACACCGCGGCCGACGACCAGCAGCCCACUUGGCAUCCACACAUAAUGCCCAUGCAUGUCUUGAUGUUACAUGCUAGCGACCAACUCGUCUGGAACCGCUUCGAGACCUCAGGCCUUGCAUCAACAUUCGUGGCAGUUCCCACGGCUCUAAAGAUUGUUUCUCCGACAGCCAUCACAACCGAAGGCCAAGCCUCAUUAACGGACUCACCGCAGGCACUAGAAGAGGACAUUAUCAGCAUUCGACGGACUUGGCUUAAGACUAAGCUUGACGAAUUCCGGACUCAUAUGGCACCGAAGGCAGCAAAACAAAUAGACGAUGUGUACAGAGCCCGGUUGGAAGAGGUUCGACUUUUGAGGGAAGCUGCAGAAAAGGCGAUCUCAGAGCGCAAUUUAGCCAGAAUUGAACUCCAGGCUGCUGCUUUAGCUAACCUGGAAAGGAGGCGAAAGCUCUUAAGAAAGCGAAAAAAGCGGAUACGAAAGCAACAGCAGCAAGAAAAUGCUGAGCAAGUGGUAGCUGGGUCAAACGAGAUUAACGAUAAUUUCACUCCGGCAGCAGCAGAUAGCUUAACAGAACCCACCAGAAAACAGGGCCCACAGCUUGACGCUGAAGCUCAAGGGAAAUUCAAGCAGCCGGAAAAAGCAGAUGUUAACCGUUUAACCUCCGUAUCUGCCACCUCUGGUAUGCCUAAUAAUGGGUCUAUAUUAACUGCUCAAGACGAUGAAAUUGAUGAUGACGAUAUCGACACUGAUGAUGAUUUAGAGGAUGGCGAACUUGAGAAAUUGGAAGAAGAGGAAGUUUUACAGUCUUUGCAUUCCGAAAAUGAGUUGUUAAUCCAAAAUGAAGACGACGAAGUGCUUGCAUUCAUGCCACCCGCGGUCGUAAAGGAACCUUAUCCUGAGACACCGAAAGAUGAUGAAGAGAACGUACUUUCUUUUUUCGAUGUACGGGAGUUGCACCCAGUAAUCAUUGGCAUGGACAAAGACAUGAGCAGACUUAGUUGA